AUGACGCAAGCCAUUGCCAAAUAUGCCGCGAAGAAGAUGCUGUCGAGCGAGAUGAACAAGUACAAGUCGAAGGACGUCGAGUCGCCAUAUGAUCCCUUCUACGAAAUGGUCCCGCACCCUACGAAGCCGGGCAAGAAGAAGAAGGUCAAGAAGCAAAUCCCCGCCUACAUCCCCGAGCACGACGCCGACAUCCUCGCCCGCGCCCGCAAAACCGCCUACCGCCUCGACUUCUGCCUCUUCAACUUCUUGGGCAUCCGUUUCGGCUGGUCGUCCGUCAUCGGUCUGGUUCCCGUCGCCGGCGAUGGUCUGGACGCACUUCUCGCCGGGAAGUUGAUAUAUUCCAUGUCCCGGGCGAAAUGCGGGCUUCCAUUGGGUAUCGUCCUCCUCAUGCUCUUCAACUUCUCCAUCGACUUCCUCAUCGGGCUCGUGCCCUUCGUCGGCGAUCUGGCGGAUGCAUACUACAAGUGCAACUCGAUGAACGUGCGGUUAUUCGAGAAGCAUUUAGAUAAGGUGUACAAGCCGCAGCAGUUGCAAGAUGAGGAGAAGAAUAUGAAGAAAGAAAAGCGGCCGCGCCCUGCAACCGUACACGAGGACUUCUCCGAUGAAGAGGAAGACCGCCGCAAUACGUUCGAUGACCGCCAUGACAACGUGCGACGGCCGACUCGUGCAUACUCCGGCAGGAGAGAGCGCAUUCCGGAUGAGGAGAUGGGCGAUCCGCGACGCGAGACGCAACGAUCGCAUAGGGACGAGAGACCUAGCCGUCACGGUACGAAGAGCAGCAGGCGUCACUAA